AUGUAUCUUUGGAAUCAGCUUGUGCUAGCGGUAUUUCCAUCAAUGCUCCCAACGACCCUUGGGCAGAAUGUCUUGGAUCUGAGUGGUGAUGGGUGGACUGUCAGCAGCAAGGCGCUGAAUAUUAGCGUCCCUGGCCAUGUUCCUUCGCAAGCGCAUCUGGAUCUUCUUGCUGCGAACGUUAUUGGUGACUACUAUGGUUUGAAUGACUUCGACUUGCGUUGGAUCGCAGACAACAAUUGGACGUAUACAAGUAAACCAGUCGAUGGCUUAUUAAGCGACUCCAAGUCCUCCUGGCUUGUGUUUAACGGCCUUGACACCUUUACAACGAUCGAGUUCUGCGGUCAAUUUAUAGGAACCACAGAUAAUCAGUUCCGGCAGUACACUUUCGAUAUCUCCAAUGCGCUGAAACAUUGCAACAGCUCCCCAACCGUUUCUCUCGAGUUUGGAAGUGCCAUCAAGAUUGCGAAUGCAAUCGCUGCUGAUCCAAAUUCACAAAAAUGGCCUAGCGGUGUUCAAGGGACCUUUGAAUUCCCAAACCGCUGGUAUAUUCGGAAAGAGCAGUCCGACUUUGGCUGGGAUUGGGGCCCAGCGUUCUCGCCUGCUGGGCCAUGGCAGAACAUAUACCUGGUGCAGUCCGAUGGCGAGGAAGAUAUAUAUGUUCUAAAUACAGGCUUUGACAUAUAUAGAAAGGGACAGAUCAAUCACCUUGCCCCCGAUCAGAGUCAGCCGUGGGUUGUGAAUGCAAGUAUUGACUAUCUCGGCUCCCAACCUAGACAGCUAUCUAUGUUUAUCGAGAUCAAGGACCUCGAGUCGGGCAAAGUAUUGAAGUCCGGAUCGCUCGAUAAUGUUGUUGCAUCUGGACAAACUAUUACCGGUACUACUAUAGUUGACGGACCCAGCCUUUGGUGGCCCGCGGGAAUUGGGAAGCAAAACAUGUACAAUGUCACAGUCACAAUCAGGAAUGAAGACCAGAAGCUCGCCAGCGUAACCAAACGCACUGGCUUCCGUACCAUAUUUCUGAACCGGUCCAAUAUCACCGACGAGCAGUUGGCUCAGGGUAUCGCACCCGGCGCGAAUUGGCAUUUCGAGGUGAAUGGCCGUGAAUUCUACGCCAAGGGCUCGAAUCUCAUUCCACCGGAUGCUUUCUGGCCACGAGUCACCGAGGCCAAGAUGCAGCGACUCUUCGAUGCAGUCGUCGCUGGAAAUCAGAAUAUGCUCCGAGUCUGGGCUUCGAGCACUUCCCUUCCGGACUUCAUUUACGAUCUCGCCGACGAGCGCGGAAUAUUGUUGUGGAGCGAGUUCCAAUUCAGUGAUGCUCUGUAUCCCACCGACCAACCGUUCCUUGAUAAUGUUGCUGCUGAGGUUGUCUACAAUGUGAGAAGGGUCAAUCAUCAUCCGUCCUUGGCUUUGUGGGCCGGCGGAAAUGAGAUUGAAAGUUUGGAGCUUCCAAUCGCUAAGCAACAUGAUCCUUCGUCAUACCCCCGCUUGGUUGGCGAUUAUGAACAUCUGUUUAUCUCUCUGAUCCUUCCGUUGGUCUACGAGAACUCGCGGUCGAUUUCAUACAUGCCUAGUAGCACCAACAACGGCUUCCUGGGAGUUGAUCUGUCUGCUCCAGUUCCUAUGGCGGAGCGGUACGAUAAUGGGUCAGAGGAAAAAGGAAAUUACUACGGUGAUACCGACUACUACAACUAUGACAGUAGUGAGGCGUUUGACUUCGCCGGCUACCCCGUCGGCCGCUUCGCCAACGAAUUUGGCUACCACAGCAUGCCGAGCCUACAAACGUGGCAGCAAGCUGUGGACGAUGAAGACCUCCACUUCAACAGCAGCACCAUCAUGCUCCGAAAUCACCACUACCCAGCAAACAGCCCAGACACCCACAACUACAAGAACUCAUCUAUCGGCAUGGCCGAAAUGACCCUAGCAGUCGAGAGAUACUACCCAACCCCCAAUAAGCAAGACUCCGUCGCCAACUUCAGCGCCUGGUGCCACGCGACCCAGCUUUUCCAAGCGGACAUGUACAAGUCCGAAAUUCAGUUCUAUCGCCGCGGAAGCGGGAUGCCAGAGCGCCAGCUCGGCUCGCUGUAUUGGCAACUCGAAGACAUCUGGCAGGCUCCGACAUGGGCUGGCAUUGAGUAUGACGGCCGAUGGAAAGUCCUCCACUACGUCGCCCGCGACAUAUUCCAACCAGUCAUCGUCUCGCCAUUCUGGAACUAUUCAACUGGCGGUUUGUCUAUCUAUGUGACAUCGGAUCUCUGGGAGACUGCCCAUGGAACUGUGGACCUUACUUGGACAGACUUGUCCGGCCAACCGAUCCCCGGUAACGCGGGUACUCCCUUGACCAAACAGUUCUCCGUCGCAGCACUCAAUACUACCAAUAUCUAUGAAACCAACGUGGCAAAACUCCCCCUGCCUGAUAUGGAGGAUGCCGUCCUGGUCAUCGAUCUCACUGCUCAGGGACGUCUCCCGAACGCCGAAAACGAGACUACCUUCAGCCACCGGAACCAAUUUACGCCUGUCUUUCCUAAAGAUCUUGCACUGAAAGACCCGGAACUCAAGCUGUCUUAUGAUGCACAGGCUGGCACGUUUACCGUCGAAGCUCUGAGAGCUGUCUCGCUGUAUACAUGGCUUGACUACCCCGCUGCUGUGGUGGGGUACUUUGAGGAUAACUCGUUCUCUUUACUUCCUGGCGAGAAACGGACUCUUCGGUUCGUUGUGCAGAAGGAUGAGACUGGAGGGAAGUGGGUGGAUGGUGUUGCCGUGCGCAGUCUGUGGGAUCAGACUACUAAAGCUUGA